AUGCAUGGCUACCGCGUACCGCGUGAAUGAAACCCUCUGUGCAGUCUGCAUCACCACCAGCACGGCUAUAUAUACAGGCGGCAUAGACCACAAGCUAGUCACAACACACGCACUCCAUGCACCGCAUCUAGUUCUAGCUCCCACAUGUCCACGUACACACAUAUACGCCAGUACCUGAUAUACACAAGACAGCGCCAAAACUCCAGAUUAGUAAUCAAACCCGAUGGCCGAGGCCCAUCCGCGGCGGGUGCUCUCGACAUCCUCGUCGGCGCUAGAGCUGCACAAGGCAAUGUUGUCGGCGAUGUCGUCGCUAGUCACGGACCGCGUCGCCCGGUUGCGGCGCGCGCUCCGGACGCCGCUCCGGCUCGGCUCGCUGCUGCUCCACGCGGCCUACUUCCUCGCCGUCUCCUUCCUCGGCUACCUCAUUCUCAGGACGCUCAGCUUCCGCGUCUCCAGGCGCCCCCGCGGCAUCGACGUCUUCUUCACGGCCGUCUCCGCCGCCACCGUGUCCAGCAUGUCGACGGUCGAGAUGGAGGCCUUCUCCAACUCCCAGCUGAUCGUUAUCACCUUCCUCAUGUUCCUCGGCGGGGAAGUCUUCGUCUCCCUCGCCGGCCUCGCCUCCCAAUGGCAUAGCCUGCGCAAGGACGCCACGCACAAGUCCCAGCGCGUCGAGAGCCACGCCGAGCUCGAGAUGCCGAUAUCGGCAACCACCGUCGACCUCGAGGACGACAACAACGACAACAGAAACACGAGCAGCCCGACCAUGGACGCGAAGAAGCGGCGGCUGGGCGCGGUGCGCGCGCUGUUCUGGGUCGUGCUGUCGGUCCUGCUCUCGGCGCACGUCCUGGGCGCGGUCACCGUGGCGGCAUACGUCGCCCGCGGCGCCGCGGCGACCCGGCGCACGCUGCGUGAGAAGGCCCUGAACGUGUGGACCUUCGCGGCGUUCGCGACGGCGUCCACCUUCUCCAGCUGCGGCUACCUCCCCACAAACGAGAACAUGAUCCCCUUCAAGCGCGACGUCGGCCUGCAACUCCUUCUCAUCCCACAAGCCCUGUUGGGCAACACGCUGUUCCCGCCGCUGCUGUGGGCGUGCGUGCGCGCCCUGGCCGCGGCGCUCAUGCCGAUGCCGAUGCUGGCGGACAUGGCCAGGCAUGGAAGCAGGGAGCUCACCGGGUACUGCCACCUGCUCCCGGCCAAGCGGUGCGCCAUGCUGGCGGCCACGGUGGCGGCGCUCGUGGCCGUCCAGGUGGCGCUGGUGUGCGGCAUGGAGUGGGGAGGAGCUUUGGCCGGGAUGGGCCCCUGGGAGAAGAUGGUGAACGCGGCGUUCCUGGCCGUGAACUCCCGGCACACGGGCGAGUCCACCAUAGAUCUCUCCACCCUCGCGCCGGCCGUCCUCGUCCUCUUCGUCCUCAUGAUGUAUCUACCUCCGUACACGACAUGGUUUCCAUUUGAAGAGACCUCCAGCACAAAGGAUCAUCAUCCCAAGCAGAGCCAGCUGGGGAUCAAAUUGAUCAAGAGCACGGUUCUGUCACAACUCUCCUACCUGACCAUCUUUGUCAUUGCUAUCUGCAUCACUGAGGCGAGGAAGCUCAAAGAAGACCCCCUCAAUUUCAACGUGCUCAGCAUUGUCGUGGAAGUCGUCAGGCAAGUCCCUUUCUGUCACAUUUUUUGCAGUGCUUAUGGAAAUGUGGGAUUCUCCAUGGGCUACAGUUGCAGUAGACAGAUCAACCCAGAUCAGCUGUGCACUGACAGGUGGACUGGCCUGGCUGGACGGUGUAGCGAUUCUGGAAAACUCAUCCUCAUUCUUGUGAUGUUCUUCGGGAGGCUGAAGAAGUUCAGCAUGAAAGGAGGGAAAGCUUGGAAGCUUAGUUAGAUGCAGCCACCUAGUGACGAUUGCAGGCAACGGUGUUUAUGGAGUUUGGUGAACAAUCCAUUGAAUCUCCAACACAAGAUAAUAGUUUUCUCUUCUUUUCUCUCUCACUUCCCUGGGAACCUUCUAAUUGUCAUCUUUGUACUGACUAA